GACAACACCGACCAAAGCCCGUCACCUUCAUUGCUUCCUGGUAGAGACCACGUCGCCGAUGCAGACACUUCACAUUCACGCAAGCGACCUCGCCUAAGCGACGAGCCCGACUCUCCACCUCACACAAACGGGGCAUCUUCUGGAAGCCCAACUAUCCUCGAACUGCCUCAAGAGCAGUCUACUGAUCCAUCCGAAAUCUCCAUCAUCAUGACUGGAGACGAAAUGACUAGCGACGUAUAUCUCAGUAACUUCCCAUUCCUGGCCGAUCAAGACGACACCCCUGAGAGCGCUGCCACCAGAUUUGCGGAACAUUGUCACCGCAAGAAUGCUCCUGCGGCAUUGGAAAUACAUAGCCUCGUUACUUGGCUUGAUCAUCACUUGCGCGAAACCGACGACGAGUUUGAUGCUGCUCUGAAACAUGAUACAACCUCGUCCGCGAUGUUCGAUCUGUAUUCAGAUAAUGCUGUUUUCUGGAACCAUGUAGUCUCUUGCUUCCGAGGACUGGCCGGACGUUGCUCUCUGAGCUCUGAUGAGGCCCUUACCCCAGGUGCAGCUUACGGCUACUUUGAGAAAUUACUCGACAAACUUCUCAGAUUGGGUGAGAGGCUUCUGCAUACCGAUGUAGCUAUUCUGAAGCAGCGCGAGGCCCGCAGAGACUCGACAAGCUCUCCUACCUCGGACAAUUCGCCGAAGCACUCACUAAAAUUCACCUACUGGGUGAAUACUUUCCUAAACAUUGCUAUCCUUUCGAAGGAGUUCCUCGAACCCAUGUCGUCGGCCUAUCACUUCAAUGUCAAGUCUAUNGCAAAGAGAACCACCGAGCGCUUUCAAAACUAUGCUACGGAUGCUAUCCUCACACUCGUCGAGCUCAUUGCCUCAAGGUCGCAUAACAUCAUGUCGCCUUUCAGCACAGCCCAUCCUUACGUCAAUCUCUGUCAUCAGGUUCUACUUGGCAAUUCUACCAACGCUGGCGGCGAGCUCACGCUGUUCUUCAGCAAAUCGACCAGGUUGUUCGAAAUUAUCUAUACUAUGACAACUCAGAACCUGCCCAAGCAACAUCUCGACGAGCACUCACAACGCAUCGUUGAGCACUUUCAUAUGUGCCUGAGGGAUAUGCUACGCAUUCUGUAUCGCACAAAGCAUCUUUCUGCAGACGCUGUUUACGACAUGGUCAUGAAGGAAAUUGUGGAACAUCAGAUCACUCGGGGACAACUACUGGAUUCAUUGAAGGACAGUGCCUCUGCUGCUUCAGAUGGUCAAGAAGUCCACGACAGCAUCAGGAUUUCUCUAGUUACAGAGGACGUGCUCGAUGUAGCACUCCUUGCAUGCUCCUUGAACUUCCUAAACGCUCUUAUGCGAAGCAGCAGCAUGGAGCUGCGCAACCGCGCGACGGACCACUUGGGUGUCGUUGUUUGGGACACACACACGAAUCUGCGAAAAUUUGAACCAGGCUACCAUCAGCUAGAGCAAGACUACACGGCCAGGUUCAUCCUGGCAAAGGACGUUCUGGGCUACCUUUGGGGGCCUCAGUCGCAUGCCACAUUGAUCGGCAGAACUCUACCCAUCCUUGUGUUUAUGGCCACCACAGGCAAGCUUACCAAACACAUUGCGGACAUGGUUUGGAGCGUGUCAUUCAACAUCCAACAGCCGGAUGAAUCACAAAGCGCUACGAGAACGCUUCGAUCCCUUUCAACCUAUUUGCCCUCUCUUGCCAAGAAAUACUUCCGCAACAAGUUUCGUGAUCUCCCACUCUCGCGAUUUACCAAAGAAGCCGAACACAUUUUCCAUGAGCUCAUGGCAGAGUUUCUGAGAACUCCAACAGAUGGUCAAUACGAAGCAACCCAGACCUGCAUUCACUUGCUGGCCAAAAUCGAUCAGUCAGACAUUCCCCCUACAAGGCAAGAUGAACUGUUGAUCACUUUCGGAAACCUCCUUCUGCGAAUUCGACCUCCGCAUAUUACAGAGGAACGCGUUCGUCUUAUCGAGAUAUGUGCUGCCCCCAUCGCAUCAAAGUCCGAGGAUGCCACCGGGUAUGUGCAAGCAUUGUCAUGCAUCGUCAAGCAGGCGGAUUUCUCUGUUCCACCAGACGAAGUUCACUCGCGACUGCCGUUCCUCCUAUGCGUCGAUGAGCUGCUCGAGUAUCUAGGAAGAGUAAAGUCCGGUGCCAGACCUUUUGUUCCCGGUGCACUGUGGUGUCGUCUGAGCCUCAUCACCCAUGUAGUCGCAACUUCAGACCCAGGAGUUGUCUCUGCGGCUGCGGAAAAGACACUCUGGCAGCAUGUCUUGGGCGAACAUGCCUUGACACCACAACUGCGAGACACAGGAUGGUGUUUUCUCGUCCAGUGUUUCCGACUAAAUCAAUCGGGGCUCCAAGGGUUCUACGAUCGGUUCCUUAAGCAACACCUCCCUGCUAUCUCGCCUGAACUUGUGACUUCCGAGACUAUCAACCUCUUCAAAGCUCAACACGCGCUCCAGGAGUCCGAUAUGACUGAAUUACUGCCCCUCGGCGAGGAGAUAGUCAGAUUCGCACUUACAGUGCCAUCAGACAAAAUUGCGCAUGACUUCAAGAUGCUGCUCAUGGGCAGUCUGUUCAGGGGUAAGGCCAUCAAGUACCCUGACCUGGCCGUGCAAGACCAGAUCUUGGUAGUGAGGAAGCUUAUUGCACAACUGACUCAGGAAGGAAUUCCUGCAACAAGAGCUGCAGACAUCAUACUACUUACUCUCAUUGAGUCGGCCCAGUUCCAGGAACUUCUUGAACGUUCAAACCAAGCUGCGUCUGGUAAAGUCAAUCAGCCCGAGGCCGAGCUUGCGCCAGACAGCAUUCAAAUUCCAAUCCGCAUUCACAGAGGCAAUGCAAGACCACAGGACAGAAUGGUAACAAUCAACAAGUCAGCAAGUUGUUCAGAACUGGACGCUGCCAUCGCCUCGGAGACCGGAUUCGCAAGUUACACCGUUGUUACUGCGGGACANAAGAUCAACUUUACUGAGGAGCCUGAGCAGUCGAUAACACAGCGUGGCCUUCGGGCAGGCAAUAUUCUUAUCAUACAGAAGCACAACACGUUUCAGAGCAUCCAAGAGGACGCCAACAAGAGUGCAGAAAGAUCAAUUAUCCAAGGAGAGAUCGUGUCGCAUCUAGAUGUCUUGUACGGCAUUCUUGAUGGUACGGGCACAAAAGCACAGCUUGUCUUACAGCUUAUCGGGUUGCUCAAGUUUCCUGGCCCUCUAAGAGCAAUGAUCGCUACUCCCGAAACACCUUUCGAACACAUUUUCCCUCCUGGCGAAUCCUUGCGAGUGCGAGCCUCCGUUGAAGUUCUUUACAUCCAGCUGAAGGAACAAGUCGCGCUCGGCAUUGCUGACGAGAAGUUCCUGCUUCGAGGAGUUCACUUGCUUGUAAACCUGCUGUGUCGUACGGAUAUUCUGCAAGAAGUCACAGACGUCUGGCGGACGGCAGAAACAUUGACUGAAUUGCUCAGGGAGCGGCCUGUCAACGACGUCACCGAGCAGUACUUUGAAGACGCUGUCAAGUUCACAUAUCAGGUCAUUGGCUACAUCAACCAGUUUUUACGCGAGACUACAGUCGGCCUUGAUAGCACGAAGCAUUACGCGAUGCGGGCACUGUAUCAAUGCUUGUUGGAAAGCGCCCUACUGAGUGAUGCUGUGUGUACCGCUUUCAUGGCUGCGGACCACAUCAUUCCGGUCCAGCUCUCGCUCCUUCUCACUAAAAGUGAUCAUCUUCGAGCUACCAUUCCCAGAUCUAUCAUGAACGCUGUCCAGGAUAACAGGGCUUCUUCCAUGCUCAAGACAUUCUUCUCUAAGUUUGCUCUGGACCAUCUCGUACCCGCGGCCUUGAAGUAUCCAGCCAUCUGCGACAAUGCAUUCCUAGUCAGUCUUCAGGCGGUGUCCGCAGACCGAGAUCUGAGCAGUGAUGAAGCACUUUUAAGGACCUCGAUCGAUGGGUUUGCCAAGGCUCUGCUCAACCUGAGUCACCUGGAGCGCUAUGGCGACUGCUUUGUCGACAAGAGAGUGUCAGGUUUGGUCUCAAUGCUCCGCUAUUGUGUUCAGACCCUUGUGACACAGAACAAGCCAUUGAACCUAGGGGAUGUUCCUUCGCAGACUUUCAAGACCUUGCUCUUUCCGAUCCUCAAGAUGGACAAGAAUGUACAGCCCGUUCUUGCUUCCGAAACUCGCAACGAGAUAUACGACCUUCUUCGGCUGAUGUGUGACGAUGUUCAAACACUGGAAGAUCUCGCCGCAGACUGCGAAAAUGUCGCUGGUUACUGCACAGACGAUCAGAGUUUAACUUUCCCUGGUCCUGCUGGAUAUAUCCGACAAGAAGGCAACUAUGCGGGCUUGGCCAAUCUAAGUCAGACAUGUUACUUCAACUCUCUUCUGCAACAGCUAUUCAUGAAUGUUCAAUUUCGGAAAUUCAUCUUCGACACGCCGGUGAUCGAUUCGAAUAAGCAAGCAGUCCUUGUUGAGUUCAAGCUAGCCUUUGCCUACAUGCAGGAUGGCCACGACAUCUUCUACCAGCCCGACGGGCUUAUCAAAGCGCUGAACGUGGAUCAUACUGUGCAGGAUGAUGCUCACAUAUUCUUCAUGACCCUGAUUGGCCAGCUUGAGGAGAGCAUGCCUGAUGAGNNGGAAGCGAAGAAUGCUUUGAAAGCAUUUUUCCGCGGUGUCAACAAGUCACAAACAAUUGGUAGCUGCAAGCAUAUCUCCGAAAGCACUGAUGAGUAUUUCAACCUGUCUUUAGUUGUCAAAGACAAGGCAACUCUUGAAGAGAGCUUGGAAGAGUAUACCAAAGGAGCCACUCUUGAAGGGAGUGAUAAGUUCAGGUGCACCACUUGUGGUUCAGGAGAGGGUGUUUCAGUCGACGCUGUCCAAAGAACUGCCCUCGAGCAUAUCCCUGACAACCUAGUCUUGGGCCUGAGACGUUUCCGCUAUGAAACCUUCGAUGGCGGCCAGAAGGUCAACGAUAGAUUCGACUUUCCCGAAUUUAUUGACAUGAGCAAGUACAAACUCAACCGUCUUGCAGGUAUUGAAGGACCUGGCGAGUCUGAUAUGUUCCAACUCGUGGGCGUGGUCGUGCAUCAAGGCAUCUUGACUUUUGGCCACUACUGGUCAUACGCUGCCGAGCGUGGACAAGGUAACACCGGGCCUUUACGCUGGUACUGCCUCGAGGACAAGAAUGUCAGACUUUCGAGCAUCGAGGAAGUUCUUUGCGAGACUCGUGGCGGACCAGACUCCUCUUUGAUGGCAUCCCUCCAAGGCAACCAAUCUCCGCGCCUUCGAUCGGACAACGCAUAUGUUUUGUUCUACCAGCGUGUGUCGUCCAUAGCCGAAUCCGCACAGUGUCUUGCUACAAGCACGUCUGCGCUUCCUUAUACAGCACACGCCAAGGUCCACUUGCCCUCAGACCUUGAGACUCAGAUCACCAAGGAAAACCAAAAGAAGAUAUAUAUCCUCCAUCUAUUCUCCUUGAGUCAUCUCGGAUUUGUUCGCGGUCUGACUGGCAAAUUGGGAACCUUUAAGAAUGUCGACGCCUCAACCACCAGCAGGGCAACACACAAGCUCAUGUCAAUGCUUUUGCGGUACUAUACUCGCGUCGUUUCAAGUUUCGACAGCGAGUAUUCUCCUCAGUCCAUUGACUUUACUGCAAUGCUACUUCAGAAACUGGCGUGCAGUGGUAAGGAUUUCGCACGUUGGAUGCUGAUGGCUGUGCUUCCUCGGAGGAGUGAGAAGGACAAGACCAAAAGUGUUGUUCUGCAUCACAAGCGCGCAGUCCGUGUCGCUACGAGCCGCCUGAUCCUGGCUUGUUUCCGUUACCUUCGUGAGCAUGAUUCGACUUACAACCAUAUUGAGGACGGAGAUGGUUCCGAAGGCACACCCAAGAUCAUGGCGGAUGCAAUUCAAGGCCUGAUUGAUCUGCGCUCACGUCUCCUUGAGCGUAUGCAAGCCGUCUGGUCCGACUAUUUCGAGCUUGUCCGCAAUAUCGCAGAGCUUGGUCCUGCCGAAACGUUUGUGCUGCUCAAACAGGACGUUCUCAAGUGGUGUCUUGAAGUUUUGCUCAUCAAGGAAAAGCCAGAGUUACAAGAGAAAUAUCCGGACGUCAUGAAAUUGGUUGCCGACAACUCGCGUGGGCUGAACCAUGGCUCGAUUGUUAACUGCGUAUACGGCCUGCUACGCAACUUUGUCGAUCUUCGUGGACUAUCUGCGCCUGAUACCAACGACCGAUGGACUGACGCACAAAUGCUGUUAUUGACUGCCGAAGAGCACGAAUACUUGAUUACUCGUUCUAACACAGAGAGUAACUGGAUGGUAGAGCUCUGUAUGCAAGGAAUACUAACACCCAAGAGAAACAACUGGCGCGAAUGGCCCACAAUCCACCUUAUCAUGCUACUUACCAACGCCGACAGAGUCUCUCCCGAGCUCUACAACGACGCAGUCCGGGCGCUCAUCAUCAACGUGAAAUGUAGCACAGACUAUGACUCAAUCGCAGAGUCUGUUCUGCUCUGCCUGCUCGAACGGAAGUUAAAGUCGACGACUGAAGAAGAUAUUUUCAGAGAGAUAAAAGCAACCCUUGCUCGAGAGGUUAGGCAACGAAACCACCCAGCCGUCUGGGGUCUGGUCUUCAUCGUAAAGGAAGUCUACAGAGUUCAUCCACCGAUGAUUGUGCACCACUUGGCCGUCAUCGUUCGUCUUCUGUUGCAAUACAACAAUCGUGUCGUCGAAAAAGACACCCGAGAUUGGUUGAGGAAUGAUAUCCUGGUCCAAGAUAUGCUUGCGAAGCCCUAUGUUUUGGAUCCCGUUCGACUUCUCGACCACAAAAUCUACGCUUUGAAGGAGCUUCAUGGAGCCCUCGGUAACAUGUUGAACAACGCCAUUCUCAAGAGCAUUUCAAGCAGCGGCUACGAAUACAUCAUCGACGCGUACCAGGAUUGCGGCACGUACUUGUAUCUCGUAUCCUCGAACCUUGAUCCUGAGUUGGAAGAAUGGUUGAAGAGUGAGGCACCCGCUACCGAAGCCGGCACUGAGCUUGAUACUGUUGUUCAAGAGCUUUUCGACGAGGUCAACGGUAUUGAUGAAGUCCUGCGCACACACGAGAAUCUUCGCGACCAGCUCCGCGAGUGGCAAGACGAGUACUCUGUCUCAGACGCUCCUACGAACAGCAAUGUUGUUGAGAUUGACGAUGAUUCUGACAAUGAAGCCGUGGCCUCCGACGACGAAUCACUGAGUGACGUUGCAGAAUUCGAGGACAAUGAGUAG